CACGACCACUCAUCGGCGCAUGAUAAUUCAAUAACUCGCUCUAUCCUUCACGAGUAAGAAGAGCUCAGUCCAGCUAACCAUAUCACAGUUUUUACUCUCUCUCUACUUUCUCUCUCUAACAAUAAUGGAGUCUCGAGUGCUCUCCGGCACCACCACCAUCUCCGGAAUCCCCCAGCUGAGAAAGCCAGCGCGGCUCACCACAGUUCACUUCGCGACCGCCCGACCGAUCGGAGCCGUCGGAGACGGCGGCAACCUCUUAUGGGGAAGGCAGCUCCGGCCGGCUAUAAUCCUUGAAUCCUCACCGUUAAACACUGGCUUUCCGGCGAAUAAGCGCGAGAUUCUCCGGCCAAGCCUCGCCACCGCGUCAUCACCGGCCGAGGGAGGCGAUUCCGCCGGGGAUGCUAAGAUCGCUCCGGUGGGGUUCAUCGAGAAGUACCCGGCGCUUGUCACUGGUUUUUUCUUCUUCAUGUGGUACUUUCUUAAUGUCAUUUUCAACAUCCUCAACAAGAAGAUCUACAAUUACUUCCCCUAUCCUUACUUUGUGUCGGUUAUCCAUUUGGGAGUGGGGGUGGUGUACUGUUUGGUGAGCUGGGCUGUGGGCCUUCCAAAACGCGCUCCUAUGGACGCAAACCUCCUGAAGCUGCUCAUCCCUGUCGCUGUGUGUCAUGCACUCGGCCAUGUGACCAGCAAUGUCUCGUUUGCAGCAGUUGCAGUCUCAUUCACCCACACCAUCAAAGCCCUCGAACCGUUCUUCAAUGCUGCUGCUUCUCAAUUCAUUCUUGGACAACAACUGCCCAUCACUUUGUGGCUGUCACUUUUACCUGUUGUCUUAGGUGUGUCAAUGGCAUCAUUGACUGAACUGUCCUUCAACUGGACCGGUUUCAUCAGUGCUAUGAUUUCCAACAUCUCCUUCACUUACAGGAGUAUAUAUUCAAAGAAAGCUAUGACCGAUAUGGAUAGCACUAAUCUCUAUGCCUACAUUUCCAUAAUCGCGUUCAUUGUCUGUAUUCCACCUGCCCUCAUUUUGGAGGGACCUAAACUUAUGAAGCAUGGGUUUAGUGAUGCAAUUACUAAAGUGGGUACAACAAAGUUCGUCACAGAUCUCUUUUGGGUGGGAAUGUUUUACCAUCUCUACAAUCAGUUAGCGACCAACACCCUUGAGAGGGUGGCACCUCUCACGCACGCAGUUGGGAAUGUAUUGAAGCGUGUAUUUGUGAUUGGCUUCUCAAUCGUCAUCUUUGGUAACCGGAUUUCAACACAAACCGCCAUUGGAACAUGCAUCGCGAUUGCUGGAGUUGCAAUAUACUCAUUCAUCAAGGCCAAGAUGGAAGAAGAGAAACGGGGAUUGAAAUCAGCAUGAGGAAAGAAGAUGCAUGGACAUGGAAGGAAUCUUUGGUGUGUAGACCCAAAUGUUUUUCGUUUCCGUGACUGAAAUGACAAAUCGUGAAUUUCUCUAUCGUUAUGAAGUUAUUUUCUCGAUCAAUUUUCUUUAAUUCAAAGUACAAACAAUUGCUAAUUUGCAAUCAUACAUGUUGACUGCAAUAAUGCAUUGCUUCUGUCUUCUCUCAUAAAACUGUCUUUCAUUAUUGACGCUCUGAAGGGAGUUGAAAGAACUUGCGAGGAUGGAAUAUGUGAAUAGUACAUUAUUAUGAGCGCGCAUUGUGGAGUAGAAAUUUCUUCUUGUA